AUGGCAGAUCCGCAGGCCCACGACAGGAACCUGGAGGACGAGUACGACGAAGAAGCUGACAGUGACUUUGAAGUCGGUGGCUCCGAUCCUGAAGGCUUGACCUCUUCUGAGGAUGAUGAUCGAGAUGCCGAUGAUGCGCCCCGUCGACCCCGAAAACGGCAGAAAAGCGACAACCAGCCCGGACAAGGAGAUCUGAUCGUGGAACUCGACUCGGGAGACGAAGCCACCGUCCGCGAACACAAGAAGGGGCGAAGGAAAGGCAGGAAAACUGACGAUGCAGUGCCAGAACAGAGUGGAGAUGACACAGAAGGAUGGCGAGCCCGCACCCGUGGUAUGCGGACGAAGGAAAAGGAAGAAAGACGGAAGAACAAACUAGCCUCAAGCAAGGGCAGCACGAUCGAUGUAAACAAAAUAUGGGAGGAGAUGAACCGGCCUGGUACACUUCUUCCUUCUUGUGUGGAAGGGAGCGCCACGGACCAGACGGUGCAAUCAGACAAAAUAGCAGGGUCUCCUGAUGCUGGUGCUGUCAAUAAGGAUACUGACAAGGAGAAUGUGCCCGUGGAUGAUGAUGAGGAGACCAUCACGAUUAAGCGAACAUACAAAUUCGCCGGUGAGGUUCACGUUGAGGAAAAGAAGGUGCUCAAGUCGUCGGCUGAGGCCCGGCUGUGGCUGUCUCAGCAAGAUUCCUCAAAGCCUGGAAGCCCCCCGACUGACGGCAAGGCCGUAAAUCGACCGCUUCGCAAGAUCUCCCGGUUCGAUCCUAAUUUCAACAAUCCAGAAGCCUUCAAGGGAUCUUGGACGCCCAGGACAGCGCAAGAAGUUCAGUUCAAAGGUCCCAAACUCAAUGUUGUUGAGAAGAGUAAGAUGGAUUGGGCCGAGCAUGUUGAUACUGAGGGCCUCCAGGAGGAGUUGGACACACAUGCAAAGGCAAAAGAGGGCUAUUUGACGAGAAUGGACUUCCUGCAGCAGGUUGCAGAGCGACGGGAUGCCGAAGCCAGGGUUGCAAGAAUCAAGGGCCGUUAA